AUGGUGCUACCAGCUGCAGGAAGGUGUAGAACCAGCAUUCUGUGGAGAACAUUCUGGCUACCAUUGCUGGCUAGCCUACUGAUGUGGAGAUUAUUUUGUGAAGCUUGCAACAACAUUACUUUCAAUGUCCCUCAUAAACUGAAGGCAGGGAUGUUUAUUGGCAAAGUAAACAUGAAAAGGUGUUCUAACCAUUCUGGAAUUAUUAGCUCAAACAACCCAAACUUUACAGUGCUGGAGGAUGGUUCAUUGUAUACAACAAAUGCUCUUUUCUUGUCUUCUCCUGGAAACACCAUCACUUUAUUCUUUAACCCCAUUAAUGAAAAAGAGCCAAAGAAGAUACAUGUUAAUUUGCUAACAAAUCCAAAAAAGGCCAGAAAAGAUAUGGCAAGGCACGCACGAGAAACUGUUCGUAGCAGAUCUAAACGGAGAUGGCUUCCUGUCCCAACUAUUAUAAUGGAAAACUCACUAGGACCUUUCCCAAUGCAAAUUCAACAGUUGUCUUCUGAUAUGGCUUUAAAGUACAAUAUCAGAUAUUCCAUAAGUGGUCCUGGCGUUGACAAACCACCACUGAAUUAUUUUUACAUUGAGGCAGACACUGGAAAUCUCUUUGUUACAUGCCCAAUAGAUCGGGAAGAGUACCCAGAAUUUCAGCUGAUCUGCUACGCAAUGACAUCUGAUGGAUAUACACCUGAAGUACCGCUUGUGCAUACAAUCAAAAUAGAAGAUGAUAAUGAUAAUGCCCCUGUCUUUGACCAUGAUGUUUAUAUUUUUCACAUUCCUGAAAACAGCAAAAUUGGUACAGUAGUCGGACAAGUGACUGCAACAGACAAUGAUGAGCCACACACUUUACAUACCAAAGUGAAAUACAAGAUUGUGAACAGGAAUCUUCAGAUAUAUCAGAACUCCCACAUAUUUGUAAUACACCCAGAUACCGGUUGUAUUACUGUAGCAUCAUCACAUCUGGAUCGAGAGACAACAGCAGAGUAUGAACUAGAAAUAGAAGCAAGAGACAUGGGAGGCCAGGACUUUGGUUUGUGCUCCAAAGCAAUAGUAUUAAUUGAGGUUGGAGAUGUAAAUGACAAUGCACCACAACUGGGACAAACUGUG